UCUGCCUCAAUCUAAUGAGUGCAGUAUAUAUGUAAUCCUUUUUUUUUUUUAACUUUUCUUUUCUUUUCUAAUGGGUUCAUGCAUUAGCGCUUGGUUUACAUGAGAGGAAGUUGAAGAAAAAGAUAAUGACCGAGGGAAGGGUGAGGUUACUUUUGGUGCCAAAGAUGAAGAUCGGCAACUUUACAAACUGAUGAGCAAAGAUAACGAUGACGACGACAAGGGGCUAGAUGAGGAUGGAACAGAGCUUGCCUGUGUAUCUUCCAGGCUUCAGAAGCCAGAACCAGGACCCUCACAACCAGCUGCUGACGUACCACAUUCUCGUCCUCUGACCAAGGAAGAUUUCCAAGUUCUGCUCGGGGUUGAAAGGUUCCGAUGCCCCGAGAUCUUGUUUCAUCCCAACUUAGUCGGCAUCGACCAGGCAGGCCUAUAUGAGAAGGCUGGGGUCUCGAUAAGGAGGCUGCCAUCCAAGGACCAAGUCUUGGAGGAGAGACUGACCAGUUCAAUCCUUCUGACUGGUGGAAGUUGCCUUUACCCUGGUCUGAGUGAGCGCUUAGAAGCUGUGUAUGAUUUGGCCUUGUGGAUCACCUAUAAAGGUGGUCAGAGCAUUGGAUCCUGUUCUUGAUGCGUGGCGUGGGGCUUCUGUUUAUGCAGCUGCAGUUCAAUUCCCACAACAGACAUUUAGUAGAGUGGAUUUCAAUG